UAUAGUUCCCGGCCUCCAUACGACACGGCGAGUACGAUCUCGAGCCUGUUUGACUUUGCGACGCAGGAUGCGGCAUUCGUCAGCUGGGUGGCGGACUUCAUCAUGCGAUUGGGCUCUCUCGCGCCGGGAGGCGAGGAGAAUUGGUACUCUAACGUGCGGUGCCGACUCCUUGAAGGGUUCGAGCAUUAUUGGAAGCCCAGGGGACGGUGGAUGAAAGAUUGCAAAGGCGCUAUCACAGACUCGAUGCUGGAGAGUGUGUUUCAGCGGAACAGGGGGAUCAAUCUCGCCCGACUCCUUGGGCUACUAUUCUGUCUCAGCGACGUCACAGGGAUAAUCGUGAUUACCCCAGCGGACCUCGGCGAGUCCCUGGAAGUACUUGUGCACGCGAACCCGCACCUGCUUCGCCUCGUUGCGAUGCACGAGAUGAUCUUCAACGCGGGGACGCGCAUCCGAGAGUGGGCGGAGCCACGGCGCGCGAUCAUGGGUGUCGGGGGUCUAGAUUCUUUUGUCCCGUCGGAGGUCAGGAAGAGGAAGCGGUUGUUGUGGGGGUGGGAUUCAGUGUCCCAAGAUUUCGUACUUGGAAUGUUCCGGAUGUUGGAGGAGGGUGAAUGA